AACAGAUGUUUGCAUUGCACUUUCUUUACAGUUGUCUAUUCUGUUAUGUGAGUGUUUGUUGAAUGAUGGGGCCAAAUGGAGCGUGUUUUCUUCAAAGUAUAAGCAUAUAUAUUUGUUUAUGACCUGUAGAUACAAUAUUUAUUAAUUGGAACAAUGAAUAGUAUUGUCUUAGAGAAUUUUGAUUUGAAUUCCAAGCAACGUCUUAAUACACCUCUUCAAAAUGUGAGACGUUUUGUGUCAAAUAAGCGAAAAUCACGGAAAACCAAGUAUGAACGAAUACCUUUGAUUUCUCCCGACACGGAUAGCGCCUCAGAUGAAGAAAUUACUCUUCAUGAUAUUAGACAUUUAAGAAAUGAUUUAGUAGAUGAAGCUAACCAAAAUUCAUUACGAAAAAUUAAGAAACCUAAUCGAAAAAAGAAUGGCGAUGUGUCAGAUGCUAAGAAAGUUGUUGAUCCGUUUCAGAACUGUGAUUUUUUGUAUUUGAAAAUAGAAGAAGGAGACACGUUGCAGAGCAUAUCCAUAAAAUAUCAAUGUCCAAUUUCAGAUCUUAAAAGAGCUAAUAACUUGAUGAGUAGCCAAGAAUUUUUUGGAUUGAAGCAUCUCAGAAUACCUGUGAAGAAGCAUAGUUUGCUAACAGAAAUACUAAUGGAUUCUCCUGAAAUCAAAUCUAACUCUACAAUUGUAGAACAAGAUCCAGAAGGUGUACAGACUAUAAGUAUUGGUAUUGGAGGCUCUGUUCGCUGCCCUUCACCACAAGAUUCAGCUGCAUUUUUCAAACGAAUGGAUGAAGAUCUUGUAAAAAUUAUGUUGAGUACCAAUACUCAAAAGGAUUCUCUUGAAGCAGCUGCCGCAGCAUUAACUACUCCACAAAUCCAACCCCUUGUCAAAGAUCCUUAUAAUACUGUUGACUGUGGAAUACAAUGGAAUUAUUUAAUAUUAUUUAUGAUAAUUGUUGCCGUUGUUAUUCCUGCUGCAGUUGCAUUGUACAUGUAUAUGCGGACCUCACAUGAACACCAACAUAGUGUCUAUCCGAAUACUUCUUCCAAUAGUACAGUGUCUGAAUUAAGUGGAAAAGAUAGGAGAUAACAGUUUAUAAAUGUUAGUGAUAAUGUUAAAGUAUUUAAAUUUUUAAAUAUUUUGUUUAGCAAUUUAUAUUUUGAAUAUUGUUAAUAUAUUAUUUUAGAUUUGUAUAGAUGAUUUAUGUUAGGAAUUUAUUGUAGUAAACAGUUAAAUUCCUUAAAAUAUAUAUAUCAAUUUUUUUAAAAAAAAUUCUCUUAUUAUUAAUUAGAUUAUGAAAUAAUUAAAAUGUUAAUUCCUUAAAAAAUUAUUAAAAAGAAACACAGUAUUCUCUCUUUAACUUUACAAUGAAGAAGAAAAAAAUUAAGUGCCAUUAAUGUUAGUAAUUAUUUUUAAAACUAUUAUAUUGCUGAUAUUUAUAUUUAUACUCUAAAAAGUCAAUUUGAAUCCUGAAUAUUCAAUUGUAAGUUCAGAAUUCUUUGAUAUAUAUGCCACUUUUAAUGCAGGCGAUUUCAAAGAUUUUUAAAUACUAAUUUUAAAACUUGCACUUUCUGUUAAUUUGUUUUGAUGUUGUCAGUAUAAGAUAAAUGCUGUAUAUAAAGUGUAUUUAAAGUGUCCUUAAUUCUAAUAUCUUGUAUUAUUUCAAUUUAAGGCCAUAAUUAAAGUUCUGUUUUUGUAUUUUCUUAGAGAAAUGAAAUGCUUACUAAUAAUUCAUUAGAAAAAUUUUGACCCCCCCCCAAAUUUUAGAUACUGGGUAACCAAAUUGAAGGAGUACAGCCGUAUUUUUUUUAUGGCUGUACUUAAUUUAGCUUUUGUGCUAUAUUCUUACUUUUUUAGCAUUGCAUAUAUUUGUUAGUACUGCCACUAUCCCAUUCUAAGCACCUACCAUUUUGAAAUUACCGCAUUUCUUUUGUCUAAAGUAUGUUUUUGCAAAGUAUCUUGUUAUUAUGCUAUUAAAAAUUGCAUAAUCAAUUAUUUGCUUACAUUCUUUGAAAAUUAUUUAGCUAAAUUUCCUGUUUUUAAAAGUGUUUAGACAUUUUUUAUUAAUAUGAUUUCGGUUAAAAUGGGCAAAAUCGAGUUAAAGCACGUUACUUAUAGUUUGUAUGAAAUCAACAAUAAUACAUUAAGAGCUUCAAAAUUAGACAAAUUUUAUACUUAUUUUAUGGCUUAAUUACUCUUGAGUGCACUUUGAUGGCUGCUCUUCUCACAAAAAUGUGACAUUUCAUGUCCAUAUUUAUACCUGACAUCUGCUGUCCUGAUGGUAGAAAAAUACUAUUAAUUUCUUUUCAAUUUUUCGGUUUUAAAUUCAAGAAGAGCUGUUUAUUUACGUGUUAAUUUUCCGGUUUAUAUUUUGCAUUCAUUUUUACUGUAAUUUAUACAAUAAAUUUUAUUAUAAUUUUUUUAAUUUUAAGAUUAAAAGUACCUUUUAAAAAAUAAAUUUUUUUGUUUCCUUUCAUAGAAUUUCUGCUUUUGAAAUAUUUCAUAAUUUCUAGUUCAAAAUAUUUUCAGGGUUUGGUUGCAUUUCAAUUCAUCUGACUUUGUCUGAAUGUUUUUUUCUUUAUUCACCAGAAUUGCCUAUUGAGUCAAAUGUAUGAUCUAUGUGCAAAAUAAUAUAUUUUUUCCAUCUGAAUGAUUUAAAAUGGAUAUACUAUUUUCUUUAAUAAAAAUGUCUUAGAAAUAGAAGUGGAACAUAUCAAACAUAAGAUCACACAAGUUGAAUUUUUGUUUAUUUGGUACAGUUGGUUUGUGCUUGUCUAUUAAUGCUGUUCAAAUUCAUUUAAUUAAUUUCUUAAUUAUGUACCAUUUAUAUUUCAUUUUUUAAAUGAAAGAUCAUUAAAUUUCCAUUGCAUAUUUUAAUAAUUUAAUGGGUCACAAUAUUUUUUAUUAGCAAUUCAAACAAUUUCUAGUUAAUAAAAAAAAUAAUGGACAUCUGCCUUUAGUUAUUUUUAUUUUGUAAAUAAAUUGCAACCUACAUUAAAAUUACAAAUUAUUUUGUGUUGAAAUAUAUUUAUCAUAUAAGAAUUUGCAGUCCCCCAAUACUACUGUGUUUUAAUAUUUUAUUAUGUCAUAAUUCUAAAUUACAGUAAACCUUUGAUUUAAUGGAUAAAUCACAACUAAGUAUCCAUAAGAUGGAAAUAUCCAUUAAAUUGUUGACUAAGAUAUAAACAAAUUUUAAAAUAAGAUUUUGUUUUCUAAAUCCUAUUGUGUAAUAUAAAAGUGAAAUAUUUAUUAUUCAUAUCAUAUGAAUACCAAGAAAGAAAGAACCCGCCUAUUUACUACUAUAUUUUAAAAUGGCAAGAGGUGGGGGAGUGCAAGAAUAUUUAUUAAAUUCUGUAUAACCAUGAGUUUAUUCUAUAUCAUAAUUGAAAUUGUUUAAUAUCUCUAAAUAUUGUUUCUAUAUAUAAUGGACAAUUCAUUGGAAGAUAUUUUUGGUACUGUCUGUUUCUUGCAUUUUGUGAUGUAAAACAAAAUUUUUUAUACAAACAUGAGCAUAAGAAAAUUAUAAUUUUUGUUUGACUUAAAAACGAACUUCUAAGAAACUUUUCAUGUUAUGUCAAAAUUUGAAACUGGUACAAAUGUUAUGGUGUGAAAGCAAAUUAUGCUUGUCACUUAUGUUUAAAAUUUAGUAAUUAUUUUUUUCUUUUAAAUAAUUGCUUUUAUAUAAAAAUAUCAAGAAUUAAUAAUUCAUUAUGUUUAUGUAAAAUUAUUAAAAAAUAUAUGAUUUUUUUAUAUAAAAUAUAUAUUACUAUAAAAUUUUUUUUCAUUUUUUUUAAAGAAUCAGUUUAAAUAUAUAUGU